CCCACAAUUCAGUUCGUGUACCGGAAACACUUGCUUUAUCGUCGCGGCAUUGUGGGAAGGCGGAAAAGGCUCGAAAAAAGGACGCUGAAGCGACGUGCGCACGUUGCAGAGUAAAGAAUAAAGCGGCUCAGAACACAGUCUUCUGCACAAGUUCCAGGAAUACAAGUAAAAAUGUCCAUCGGUGUACCAAUCAAAGUUCUGCAUGAAGCAGAGGGUCAUAUCGUGACAUGUGAAACCAACACUGGAGAGGUGUACAGGGGUAAGCUGAUUGAAGCUGAGGACAACAUGAACUGCCAGAUGUCCAAUAUCACAGUCACAUACCGUGAUGGCCGGGUGGCACAACUGGAGCAAGUUUAUAUUCGUGGCAGCAAGAUUCGCUUCCUCAUCUUACCUGACAUGUUAAAGAACGCCCCUAUGUUAAAGAGUAUGAAAAACAAGAACCAGGGAUCUGGUGCAGGAAGGGGCAAAGCUGCCAUUCUCAAGGCACAAGUGGCAGCCAGAGGCAGAGGCCGUGGUGGAAUGGGAAGAGGAAACAUCUUCCAGAAGAGGCGAUAACUGCCACAUCUGUGUUAUAAGUGUUGCUUUGUAUAGUCUUGACUUUUUAUUUUUGACCUUUUGGAUUCGAUAACUGGGAUGUCUUCAGUUUAGUGCUUUGCAAUUUACUGCUUUGAUUUCAUUUUUUAUGAAAAUAAACAUAUUUCCAUUCCA